ACCAAAUAUGUUCUCAUUUAUCUGUGCUACUGCUGUAGCCACUUCCUGGUUACUUUAUCUAGCUAGCAAUUAUUUUAUGUGAAAGGGGAUGAGGUUUUCUGAAGAGGGAAAAGCUUCCCAUUGAAACUGGAUGAGAAAUUCAGACAAAAUGAGCUGGAUGCCCUUCAAGAUUGGACAACCAAAAAAGCAGAUUGUUUCCAAAACGGUUGAAUGAGAAUAUAACAAGCUCCAAAAGUAGGUACACAUGGGAAAAAAAAUCCCUUCCUUUACAGGUUGGAAGAUCAGACAAAGAAGCUCCACAAAGACAUGAAGACAAGCACAGAGGCUGAUAUAGCCAUGUCCAAGGCAGCAGUGAAGAUCUCAGGGGACUUGCUCAGUAACCCACUGUACAGGACCAGGCUUUUCUGGAGUCCAUGACUGCUCUGGACACAGACAUGAGAGGAUGGACUCCUUCAAUCAGGAGAAGGGCAGGUACAGCAGUGUGUUCCCCAGCCUCAACAUGGCUGUGAAACGAAGGGAGCAGGCUCUACAGGACUACAAGAGGUUACAGUCCAAAGUAGAGAAGUAUGAAGAGAAGGAGAAGACAGGCCCCACCAUGGUCAAACUGCACCAGGCCAGGGAGGAGCUGAGUUCUACCACAGCCGCAUCGACUACUUUCAGCCCAGCUUUGAGGCACUCAUCCGGGCACAGGUGGUGUACUUCACGGAGAUGCACAAUAUUUUCAGUGAGUUGAUGGAUCCGAUCGACCAGGCAGGGCUGAGUGAUGAGCAGAGGGAGAGGGAGAAUGAAGCCAAGCUGAGUGAGCUGCGUGCUCUGUCCUUUGUCGCUGAUGACUGAGAGAGAACACCAAGGAGAGGAAGGGCUCGCUCUAUACCUCUGGCCUUGACUCCUUUCAAACUUCAGUGAAUGGAUUGCUCUUCAGAAUCAUUCUCACUGUGCAAAUGGACAUCAACUGUUUCUUGCACUCAUCUUCCCACCUCUCUCACAUCUCUCAUUUGACCCUUUCCUCACGUCUAAAGAAACACUGAUAGCAACUCCAAGCAUUUUACCUGCCAUAAGCCAAGUGCUAUUAUCAUAAGCCAAUAUGUAUAUAUUUUUUUAGAACGGUUUCAUUCCAUCAUUUAAGAACUCAUUUGUGGGUCACACCAUAGAAUUACACAUAGAACUAUAGAUGUGUAGAAUAUCUGUGGAUCACAAUUUCUUCUCAAAGCUGCAUACUUGUUUUUGAUCAUUUGAGUUUUGUAAUCUUUUCCAAAUCAAGAUACAUACCAAUAUGGAAUUUAUUGUAACAAAUUGGUGGUACUGUAUUGAACACUAGUAUUUAAAUGUUAUCGGACUAGAGGAAGUGUAGGUCAGAAAGCUACAUUCAUCUGAAUCUCUGUUUUUCUCCCUCCCUCAGGGUUUACAGUGAUCUAGCCUGUGCAUUGUGGCCCAGGAGUUUAUUUGUUGGGGUAAAAUAUAUAUAUAUUGAAAGUAGUAUUUAACACUAGCCACUCCAGCUUCCCGGCUAUGGAUAUGUCAAACUCUUUCAUCUCCAGACCUCUGAUGGUGACUGUAUAAAAGGUGUCAAAAUGUUUGUUUGUUCCCUAAUCUUCCCCUACUAAAUCUGACAGAUAGUCCUUGUACCCUUCUCUCGUUCUUCUUCACGUACAGUAGGUUUACAAGUCGAGCUGGAGUACUUGCCUUCCAAAAGCAACUCUCUUGCUCCCUCUAGUGACACUUACUGUUCAUUGUUCCCAUAGCUUUUCUUCAAUUGACCGUUAUCAAAGUGGUUUCUUUGUUCCAUUGUUUGUCCUCAGAUUCAUUAUUGAUUUAAACUCUCCAGUAAAUGUUCCUACUACAUAACAGAUCAAAUAAAACUAGGAGAGGACUAUGUAUUUCAGUUAUUGCCUAAGGGGAGGUCAUGCAUAUGAUUUAACUAUUAUACCCACAUUUGUUGCAUAUUUAUUCAUGGAAAAUGCUUCUGAGGAUGAAAUUGUUCCUUAGAAUUCCCUCAACAUGACAAAUUGACUGUUUUUCUAUGAACAAUGCAAUGAAUGUGCCUUUUCUUUGUGGACAGCUAUGUACAAAAUGCAUUAUUGACUACAUGUGUAUUUAAUUUUUUUUUUUUAAAUCUUAUCCAAAACAUAGUUUUAGUUCAACUUAAUUACCAUUAUUAUUGAGUGAGAAACAUGACUUGUAAUCUGUUAUGUUAAUGGUCUUUAUGAAGCUGUUUAUUAUUUAGCUCUUACUUACCAUCCUGUUUAGAUAUUGUUUUCAGUAAAGCUUUUUCCAUUGUCAUUUUCUAUGAACAACCAUGCAAUAAAUGGAUGUAAGAAGUCUC